CAGUGUCACCGACGGAGGCAGGACGGAACACAACGCCGAGCCACAACAUGGAUCGAGGACAUCGAUCUACCUGGCCGCCGUUCUCCUCCGUGUCAUAAAAAAGUAAACGACAGAAGGCAAAAAACAAGCGGCUCUGCCAUCAGAUAAGCGGGAGUACAGUGAUGACGGCCAUGCUGAACCGUUACGAGUGGAGACGCUGAGGACGAACAAACUAACUGUCGUUACCUCCACCGCAGACAGACAAUCAACAAAACUUGCCCUGGGUGUUACGUCCAAUGGAUAUACCUUACGCUUUCGUACCCUCCCAUUCAGCCAACCGGACCAUCACCUCGGUCUACACCUCCUUGUGGGAAGGCAAUCUCUGAGACCUUGUUUUUGUUAACCGCUGCGAUAGACUGUGCUGCCCCGUACCCUGCGUCAGUAUGGUGAAAGUUGAUGCAGAGUUGCAAGUUGAUGCAAGUGCAGAGCGCUUUACACCUCUACACCCUCCGUUCCUCAGAUUCUACUAAUUAGCCCCAGUGCAAAAAUGAGUUGUGUCCUUGGGAAACUGUAAAUAUAGUCUUCCCCCACAACAACAGCCUUGUUCUUUCUUAUAUUAGAGGAGUGUGUAAGCCUUUGGGGGGUGCCCCAUUCCGUCCCACCAGUUCACCCCAGUAAGACCCAGAGGGCAGUGAUGAGGCGCUGAGACCAGAGAGGCUCGCCGGCUCCUUGAUGAAGAUCCACACCGCAUGCAGAAUUCCAUGCGCUUCACCUUGCUCCUGAGAACCGUGGCCCGUCCCGCCCUCUACGGCCCCCCGAACCCAAGUCCGCCUGCUCGUACUCUGGCCCCCCCGCCGGCCCCGCCAUGCCCCCCUGGACCCGCGUCGCCCUGCUGCUGCUGCACUGCGUGGCCUUAGCGCUGGGCCAGUACGAGCUGUGCAAGUCCCUGCUGAGCACGGACGAUGGCUCUGUGUGGGAGCACUACGCCUGCCAGCCCAAGACCGCCUCCAUGAAGGACCACAUGCGCAUCAAAGUGGACCCGCCGGGGAUAACGUGCGGAAACCCGCCCGAGCGCUUCUGCACACUGGAGAACCCGUACAUGUGCAGUGACGAGUGUGACGCCUCAAACCCCGACCUGGCCCACCCGCCCCAGCUCAUGCAGGACCAGCAGCGCACAGGGCUACUCACCUACUGGCAGACGGUCACCUGGAGCCGCUACCCGGAGCCCCUGCUGGCCAACAUCUCCCUGUCCUGGAACAAGAGCUUGGAGCUCAGCGGCGACAUACAGAUCACCUUCGAGUACGGCCGGCCCACCAUCAUGGUGCUGGAAAAGUCGACGGACUACGGCCGCAGCUGGCAUCCCUUCCAGUACUACGCCGACGACUGCCUGGACGCCUUCAGCCUGCCAGCCAAGCAGGUGCGCGACCUGUCGGCCGCCAACAUCACACGGGUCCUCUGCACCGAGCAGUACUCCCGUUGGGUGGGCUCCAAGAGCGAGAAGAACGUCACGUUUGAGGUGCGCUCGCGCUUCGCCGUGUUCGCGGGGGUGCGGCUGCAGAACAUGGACAACCUUUACACACGCAUGGAGAGCAUGAAGGGACUGAGGGACUUUUUCACCUUCACCAACCUGAGGCUGAGGCUGCUGAGGCCCGCCCUGGGGGGCACCUACGUGCAGCGGGAAAACCUCCUCAAGUACUUCUACGCCAUCUCCAACAUUGAGGUACCAGCAAGGUGUAAGUGUAACCUCCACGCCUCCCAGUGCCUGCUCCAGGACGGUAACCUCCAGUGCAUGUGUGAGCACAACACCACGGGCCCCGACUGCCAGCGCUGCAAAAAGGGCUUCAAGGCCAAGUCCUGGAAGGCUGGCUCCUACCUGCCGGCGCCCAACGGAUCCCCCAACACCUGUGCUAUUGCUGGUUCCCCAUCCGGUUCCAACUGUGAGUGCUACGGCCAUUCCAACCGCUGCAGCUACAUCGAGUACCUGAACAUCGUGACCUGCGUCAGCUGCAAGCACAACACCCGCGGACAGAACUGCCAGUACUGUCGCCUGGGAUACUUCCGCAACUCCUCGGCCGAGCUGGACGACGAGGGUGUCUGCGUGGAGUGUAACUGUAACCAGCUGGGCUCGGUCCACGACCGCUGUAACGCCACCGGGUACUGCCAGUGCAGAGAGGGGGCCGCCGGGCCCAAGUGUGACGACUGCAACCCCGGCUACUACUGGAAACAGGGCUGCUACCCCGACAUGUGUGACGAGGAGCUGCUGCUGUGCCAGAACGGGGGCAGCUGCUACGAGGGCCAGAGGUGCGUCUGCCCGCCCGAGUUCAAGGGGGUACUGUGCCAGCAGUCGCGCUGUGAGGGCGGCCAGGACUGCAGCGCCGCCCCCCCGGCCCGGACCCCCGCCCCCCUGCUGCUAAGCGGCCUGCUGCUCCUCCUCCUGGCCUCCUCGACGUCCCCCUGAACGGCCCUGCCCGACCCCACCCUCAGAUAUAACCACGGACCGCGCUGAGGGGCGUGUCGCGUCUGCACGUGAGGCGAGCGAGGGGGGGGGGGGCUGAGGAGUGACCCGGGGGGGGGGGGGGGGGGGGGGGUCGGACCCCGCGGAGGACGGCAGCGUGAUGCGGUGUGUGCAUAUGUACAUGCAGCGCCGCGAGCUCACGCACACACACACACACACACACACACGUAUACACACCAGACCCACAACACACGCUCAUAUAUGCAUAUUAAGGAACUCGCAAAGACAGAACUGAAACAUGACACACACACGUUUACAUACGAACACGCACACGCAUACGGUACAAUCACACCCACUGGACUGUUACUGUUACCGGGCCUUUUUCUCAGGUGUGCGUGUAAUAGAAGACACACACACAAAGGGACACACAAAGAGAGGUGGGGGGCCAGCUCAGGGUGGGAUGGGGUGGGCACGGUGGAGAGGAAGGAGCAUCAUAGCGAACCGACCACUGUCUCUUCCCCUUUAUCCAGAGCUGGAGCAACACGCGUCAUACCAAAAAGUGUCAAACUAAAGAGGAUCUAACACUAAGCCAAGCCACUCACCGACUCACUUCAGGAGAAGAACCGGGGGGGGGGGACUGCUGGUGUACACACACAAUGACUUUUGUUUUGCUCUUGAUUUUCAUGAUUGAGUAGAGAGAACGGGGCCUCUCUGAGACUGCUGGGGGCCUGCAGUGAGUGCUGGGGGCCGAGUGGGAGUGAGGAGGAGGGCCGAGGGGCUGUUUGUCUGUAUGCUGCUGAGGCCUAAGUAGAGUAUUAACUAGGUUUCAUUUUAAACAACAAAUUGGAUUUGAUUUCACUUUUUCUUCUAUUUCUGCUGCAUUUGAUUUCUUCUGUUUCUCAUGUCAUUGUAUUUAAUGUGCCCACUGACAGUCGCUGAGAUUAUACAUAUAUUAAUAUAACAUCCUGACCAUUAUGAAUAAUACAAAUUUAGCCACUAUUAUGGUUGUGAUAGGAAUGAGUGAUUGUUGCCACACUUAGCGAGAUUUUAUCUUGACACAGUAUUCAGGAAACAGAAUUUACCUUAUCAGAAAUCUAAAAAGAAAGAGAAAAUAUCAACAAAGUAUCAAUAUUAUAUGACAUUAUUUGAAUAUUUUUUGUAGAAAUUAUUUUUGUUUGGAGUUACAAUAAAUUAUAACAAAUUACAUUUACAACUAUUACAAAUGA